AUGGCUGAGCAGUUGAUUCUCAAGGGUACCCUCGAGGGCCACAAUGGCUGGGUCACCAGCCUGGCUACCUCCAUGGAGAACCCCAACAUGCUCCUGUCCGCUUCCCGUGACAAGACUCUGAUCAUCUGGAACCUCACCCGUGACGAGUCCCAGUACGGUUACCCCAAGCGCUCCCUCAAGGGCCACUCCCACAUCGUCUCCGACUGCGUUAUCUCCUCGGACGGCGCCUACGCCCUGUCUGCCUCUUGGGACAAGACUCUCCGCCUUUGGGAGCUUGCCACCGGCACCACCACCCGCCGCUUCGUCGGCCACACCAACGACGUUCUGUCCGUCUCCUUCUCCGCCGACAACAGACAAAUCGUUUCCGGCUCCCGCGACCGCACCAUCAAGCUCUGGAACACCCUCGGUGACUGCAAGUACACCAUCUCCGAGAAGGGUCACUCCGAGUGGGUUUCCUGCGUCCGCUUCAGCCCCAACCCCCAGAACCCCGUCAUUGUCUCCUCUGGCUGGGACAAGCUCGUCAAGGUCUGGGAGCUCAGCACCUGCAAGCUGCAGACUGACCACAUCGGCCACACCGGCUACAUCAACACCGUCACCAUCUCCCCCGAUGGAUCCCUCUGCGCCUCCGGUGGUAAGGACGGUACCACCAUGCUGUGGGACCUUAACGAGUCCAAGCACCUCUACUCCCUGAACGCCAACGACGAGAUCCACGCCCUUGUCUUCUCCCCCAACCGCUACUGGCUCUGCGCUGCUACCGCUAGCAGCAUCAUCAUCUUCGACCUUGAGAAGAAGAGCAAGGUUGAUGAGCUCAAGCCCGAGUUCACCGCUGUCGGCAAGAAGAGCCGUGAGCCUGAGUGCGUGAGCUUGGCCUGGUCCGCCGAUGGCCAGACCCUGUUCGCCGGUUACACCGACAACAUCAUCCGUGCCUGGGGUGUCAUGUCGAGAGCAUAA